AUGAUCGAAAUGGGCAAGCUAGGUCCACGAGUGUUUAAAAGGUCCGAAACUGAACGAGCUCGCAGCUAUCAAGCUGUCCAUAGCCAUAUGGAAGCGCUUCUCAAUCGUGAGGAAAGCUUGGAUUCUAAUAAUAUGUCAGAGGAGGAAUUGAGAAAACGCUACGACUCUAUAUAUGCCCGGGAAGCGGAAUUGGACAAACUGUAUGCGAAAAAGCAUAGACACCUAUUUUAUGAUGAUUACGAAGAAUUAUAUAUCGAUAUUGGUCCACUCAUAGACGCUGUCAGUGGAAUGUGCAGUCGUGUCAAGACUACAGUAACCGACACUUUCGCAAAAAUCAAAAAUAAGAUUUUUGAGAAGCCGACAACUUCAAAUCCCUCUCCUAUAUGA